AUGAGUGUCAUUGGAGAUUUAUGCACGCUUCGCACGGAUAUUCACUCCUUGUUCGACAAGAGCGCAAACAGCGAUGAAAAUAUCUACGCAAAGAUUCUUGAGGAUCUCCUCCAGGCUGGAGGUGAUUUUGCAAAGAAUUCCGCUCUUAUCGUCGAGAUUGUGAAGGAGAAGAUCUCGGGGAAGCCCAUGGAUGACCGCACAAUGAUUAUGGAAAGAAUGAUACAGCUUGUUGCUGGACUUCCGGAGAGCUCAUUUGCCCGUAAGAAGGUGACGGAGGUGCUCGUAGUGCUCAUGUCUCGUGGGGAUACCUACGAUGAGAACCCUGGCGGCAUUUCCAGCAUGCUACUAUACCACGCUUCAAUCAUCACCCACGACAUCUUCCGUACCGACCGCAAAAACCAAUCGAUCAAUGAAACCUCGAGCUACCUCGAUCUAUCCCCUCUCUAUGGCUGUUCCCAGGCUGAACAGAACAAGGUUCGCAGUUUUCGGGAUGGAGAGUUGAAGCCGGACACAUUUAGUGACGCCAGACUGUUGGGGUUCCCACCUGGAGUGAGUAUGAUGUUGGUUAUGUACUCCAGGUUCCACAAUUAUGCCGCAAGAAUGUUGGCUGCCAUCAACGAUGGUGGGAGAUUUACACCGCCGAGAAAUUUGAGAGGAGCUGACGCCCUCAAGUGGAAAGACGAGAGGUUGUUUCAGGUGGCAAGAUUGGUCACGAAUGGGUUAUACAUCAAUGUUAGUCUUCACGAUUACCUUCGAGGGAUCGCCAACGUAAACUCCACCGAAUCCACUUGGACACUGGACCCACGUGUCGAGAUCGACAGAGCCUUAGACGAAGAAGGGGUUCCACGAGGUGUGGGGAAUCAUGUUUCGUGUGAAUUCAAUCUUCUCUACCGCUUUCAUUCCGCCAUCUCCGAUAGAGAUGCCAAAUGGACUCUAGACUUUUACCAUCAGAUCUUGGGAACGAAUGAAGACCCUAAGCUGACAUCAUUACCAAAAAUGCUCGAGGCGUUGGUAAAGUUUGAAGCUUCUAUAUCCGAAGAUCCGUCAACAAGAGUGUUUGGAGGGUUGCUAAGGAAGCCGGAUGGUACAUUCAAUGAUGACGAUCUGGUGAAGAUAUUGAAAGAGAGUAUCGAAGAUCCAGCUGGUCGUUUCGGGGCGAACCAUGUCCCGGACAUCAUGAAACCUGUCGAGAUUCUCGGGAUCAUGCAGGCCAGAUCCUGGCAGGUGGCGCCCUUGAACGAGUUUAGAGACCUUUUCAAGCUUAAGCGGUACGAGACUUUCGAAGAUAUCAACCCUGACCCGUAUGUCGCCACUACCUUGAAAAGGCUUUACGGUCAUCCCGACAAUGUCGAGCUCUAUCCGGGCAUGUUUCUGGAAUCCUCGAAGCCGAGAAUGGAUCCAGGAAUGGGACUAUGUGCACCAUAUACUGUUACAAGAGCAGUUUUCUCAGACGCCAUUACUUUGGUGAGAGGUGACAGGUUCUUGACACUGGACUACACACCCUCCAAUCUUACCAGCUGGGGAAUCACCGAGGUUGCCCAAGAUUCGAAAAUUCUUGGGGGCCCUAAGAUGUACCAUUUGAUUCUUAACGCUUUCCCCAAUCACUUCAAAUACAACAGCGUCUACGCUAUGCAGCCUUUUUAUACCCCCAGGGAGAGUCGUAAAUUCUUCACAAAGUUCAGGAAGAUGGAUCUUUACUCCUUCGACCCACCUGCCACACAGCCAGCAAUCAUCCCCAUUGUGAGCCACGCCGCGCUCAGAGAGGUUCUCGCAGACAAGAAGAACUUUCGCGUCCCAUGGGGUGCCAAGAUGGCCUCUCUAGAGAGCUAUAUGCUCGCCUCUGACAGUGAUGCCAGCGCAGAACAGAGAGAGGUUGUUGGUAGGUUGCUGUAUGGUGUAGAUGGAGCGAUGCAAAAGUUCGCAGCAUAUACGGAGGAAAUAACACUGAAGUUGCUACGACGGGAAUCGUAUGAACUGGGUAGACAUUCUGUGUACCAAGUUGAUAUUGUUAAACACAUUGCGAACUAUGCUGCCCUCCACUUUGCGGCAAAGCUUUUCUAUCUCCCCCUCCUUUUCCCGCUAGGUACAUCCUAUACGGAACCUGAACUUCUAAAGGUCCUCUGCGAUCUGACAGCAUACGUGUUUUCGGAUGCCGACCCAACCAAGUCCUGGGCUCACCGACAGGCCUCACAAGCAGGGACCAAGAAACUUUGCUCGGAGAUGGAGGAUAUUGUUCGCCGCCUGACACCGUUUACAUCUGCGGCUGCCUGUCCCGUUACUGGAACAACGCCUACCCCCCCGAAAUCACCCCCAAAGACAUUAAUUGGUGGUGCCAUCCGCUUCGGCGCGGGCCGGAUUGCACAGCGCGCUGAACAGGCAAGAGCGGUAGUGGGUGUGGCAGACGCUGUUGUUACUAGCAUUCUGACUGGAGGCUCGAGAGGGGAGGACACUGGGCCUCUGGGCGACUAUGGUAUUACCUUUGCACGAAGGCUGCUCGGUGCUGGGAAAGCAGCGCGAGAGGUUGCGGAGAUUCUCGUUGGAACAGCAGCUGCCUUUGUGGCUAAUACUGCGACCGCUUUUACUCAACUCAUCGACUUCUAUCUUGAGGCAGAAAACUCUAUUCAUUGGUCCGAGAUCCAGCGCUUGAGCUCCUUGAACACAGCCCUUGCGGACAAGACAUUAACCCAUUACGUUCUUGAGGGCAUGCGUCUCUCGAACUCUUUGGGCAUCUUCCGAGAUGUGGAGCCUGUUGAUGGUGUUUCAGCCACUAUAACACAAAAUAAUAACACUAUCACUGCGAAGAAGGGAGAUCGCGUCUUUGUCAGCUUCGUGGCUGCCUCCCGAGACCCCAGUGUCUUCCCCUCGCCUCUCGAGGUCCGCCUUGAUCGCCCCCUCGAUUCGUACAUCACGUUCGGCGAAGGCCCACACCAAUGCCUUGGAAAGGACCUCAACAUCGUGCACAGUCUCACAAUGCUGAAGGUGGUAGCUCGAUUGAAGGGAUUGCGUCGUACCCCCGGCGAUGAGGGAAGAUUGAAGUACAUUAAUAAGCCGGGCGGGAUCAAGCUCUACAUGACCCCCGACUGGAGCCAAUUUACGCCGUACCCUACCACGAUGAAAUUGAUGUUUGAUGGGCCACCUUGA